AUGAGCUCGGCGAAUCUGCCGUCGUCAAACACUGAUUUCUACCGGUACACCAGUGGUCGCUGGCUCUGGGAGGAGGAAGAGCGGCUUCGGGAACGACACACUCCCUUCAAUGUGUCUGAACUCCAGAAGAUUGCGGCCGACAGCGUUGGCGCAACAAAAUGCAUUGCGAUGGCGAAACUGGCAGAAGGCUCCUGCAACAAGGCCUUCAGGCUGGAGAUGAAUAACGGAUCAGUCGUGAUUGCAAGGAUCCCAUGCCCGAUUGCAGGGCCGAAGUACUAUACGACUGCGUCUGAAGUCGCAACUAUGGAAUUUGCCCGCAGCGUUCUAGAAAUCCCAACUCCCCAGGUGUAUGCCUGGAGCGCCGACGCUAAUAAUUCCGUCGGUUCUGAAUACAUCAUCAUGGAGGAAGCCCCCGGGACGAAGUUGGACGAUAUAUGGCACGAUAUACCCCUCGAACAGAAGGUAGAUAUCGUAGAGAAUCUUAUCUCACUCGUGAAGAAGAUGGCUUCGCUUUCAUUCAACCGCUACGGGAACCUGUACUAUGCUAGUGAGGACAUUCCCGGCGCAGUCGCAGCUGAAAUUAUGGGGGAUGUUCCCGCAGAAGUUAAAGAUCGAGUGAAAAGCCGCUUCGUUAUCGGUCCGGUCGUGAGACGAGACUAUUGGCGGAAAGAACGCGCAAAGAUGCCUUUGGACCGUGGGCCAUGGACACGACCACAGGAUUUUGUCACCUCUCUAGCUCGUCGGGAGAUAGCAUGGAUUCAGCAAUACGCGGUUCCGAUACCACCGGAUGAUCCGUUCGCGACUUCAGAAACACAAAACUCUCCGAGCAGCCAUAUUGCAUUACUGAAGAAAUACCUAAAGGUUGCCCCAUAUCUCCUUCCAGAUGACCCUUCCAUCAUUGCACCUCGUAUCUGGCAUGCCGAUCUCCACGCUGGAAACCUCUUCGUCCAGAACAGCAACAUCACCAGCGUGAUCGACUGGCAAGAGAUCUGGGCAGCCCCUUUAAUCCUACAAUCGCGCCACCCACAAUUAGUCGACUACGAUGGGCCCAUCAUCCUCAAAGCCCCCGCCAACUUCAAAGAUCUUAAUCCCGAGGAAAAGAACAAUAUCCGAGACCAAAUGAGUAGAUCCAUCGUACUCUAUCUCUACGAAAAGAAGAUCGCCAAAGAGGUUCCCCUGCUCCACAAAGUCCUCCGUUUCAAUCACGGUCGAACAAGAUGCGAACCGAUCCUAUUCGUUAGCAAUACAUGGGAGAACAGUAUCAUAAACCUGAGAGAAUGUUUGAUUCGAUUGGAGAGAUCCUGGGACGAACUCAAACUCAACAUCCCCUGCCCAAUCCAUUUCACCCCCGAGGAACACCGCCUCCACGCCGAGGAAGGCGAGGGAUGGAACAAAGUGCAGGAUUUCUGGGACUUCGUAUCCGGUUUCCUCGCGAGGGAUGGAUGGACCCCGACCGAUCGGUAUGAUGACGCGGUGGCUUUUUUUACUGACCUGAGGGAUAUCGGCCUCAAGGGGAUGGUCGGUAAGGAGAGGGAGGAGUUCCGGAGGCAGACUGAGUGGGUGGAAAAACAUAGUCAUAGUCAUAGCCAUAGUCAUAGUUCAUAG